CACGUGGAGAUGGGGAGAGAAGUUACCACCGAACAUUUACCGUGUUUCAUUCAGGGAACAGAGACAAGAGCCGGAGCAGCUUUUCCAGGGAAACACUGAGGAAUAUCUGACAGAAACACAGAGCCGAGUUUCAUCCUCCUCCUCCGUUAAACAUCAAUCUUCCAUCUUCCAUGUCGCCGAACUAAAGAAGAAGAAGCAGCAGCAGCAGCAGCUCGGAUCAGUGGGACAGCGGCCGCGCGCGGACUGUUUGUCUGUCCUCUUCUUCUUCUUUUCUAGACAAAAAAUAAAAAACCACCAUUUCGGUCCUGGAGGAGGCGAAGAGGAAGAAGACGCAGAAGCGAAAGGCGACGUGCGAAGCAGAAGAAGCAGAAGAAGAAGAAGACGGAGCAGGUGAAAGUGACAGAGGCAGAAUGAACAACAACAAAACCGAGAAGGAGAACGAGCAGAGUGAAUUCACCAACCACGAGGAGGAGGUCCGAACGCUAUUUGUCAGUGGACUACCUCUGGAUAUCAAGCCGCGGGAGCUCUAUCUCCUGUUCAGACCAUUUAAGGGUUAUGAAGGCUCCUUGAUAAAACUCACCUCGAAACAGCCGGUGGGGUUUGUCAGCUUUGACAGUCGAUCAGAGGCGGAGGCUGCUAAGAAUGCCUUGAACGGGGUCAGGUUUGAUCCGGAAAUACCCCAGACCCUGCGGCUGGAGUUCGCCAAGGCCAACACCAAGAUGGCCAAGAACAAGCUGGUUGGCACUCCCAACCCCCCUCCUUCCCAGCAAAGCCCCGGGCCACAGUUCAUCAGCAGAGACCCAUAUGAGCUCACAGUGCCUGCUCUAUAUCCCAGCAGCCCAGAUGUGUGGGCGUCAUACCCACUGUACCCGGCGGAGCUGUCGCCAGCCCUCCCACCCGCUUUCACCUACCCCUCCUCGCUCCACGCUCAGAUUCGCUGGCUCCCACCUGCAGAUGGAACUCCUCAGGGAUGGAAGUCCAGGCAGUUCUGCUGAAGUAUGUGUUCCUGAUGUGUGAUGGUGGCCGUGGCCGGCUGUGACGGGCGUUGCUGAUUGCUUCUCAUGUCCAAUUAGAAAACCAGGAGGACUGACCUGACUCCAGCUCUCGGAGCAGCAUACCGUCGGCAGCAGCAGCCUCAUGGGCCUCAGGACAUUCUAGACCCCAGCUUCCAUCACACAUCGAGACCCCCACCACCAUCCCCAAAGUCCCUCCAACUCUUUUUUUAUACUGUUACAUACUCUAGAUUUACUGGCAGUGCUUUGGCCACACCUCCACUGACACCUCUGUGAAAAGGUACCGGGCACGCCCCUUUGUUUACCACUCGACUGCAGUGACUGUCUGAGGCUACGUCCACACUAGUACGUUAAAGUUUUAAAACACGUCUCUGUUGCUACACCUGCCAUUGAAGAUGCUUCUGGUAUUGCAUUCUAGUUUCCCGCCCUGCAUUAUCUGGGAUCGGCUCCAGCUCCUCCUGUGACUAAGCAUUAUAGAUGAUGGAUGUGUCUCAUCCAUAGCAUUUUCUGCAACGAGGCAACUAAAUCCAAUCUGCUUCCUGUGUACGGACUAUGUAGAAGGUCAUGUGGACAGAGAUCAUUUCUGAAUCGGAAUAAAAUCGCUCAUCUGGACUUUGAUCAUUUCCAUUUGAAAGCCUUAAGUGUGUUAGUGUGGACGUAGCUCAACAUUAGCAGCUCUCUUGCUUUGUGUUCUGUACAUACAAGUGUAAAGACGAGGCCACCGAAAGGGGGGGAACAUACAUUUUUGUUAUGCAGUCACUUUGCAAGGCCAGAUGUGUGGACGUGUGGCUAAAGCACUGCUCGAUAAUGUUAUUAUAGUACUAUAAUUAUUACUAUUGUGUAUAUCAUUCAUAUUAAUGUUAUUAUGAUUAUUAAAUACAUGUUGAAGCAUGACUUUGCAAAAAAAAGAAGAAAAAAAACAAUGCUGUACAUUUUUAGAUAUUUUAAAGAAAUACAAAAAGGUAUUUUUGUAAUCCAGACGAUGUUUGAGACGUUUGAUUGGUUUAUGUUGUGUUGAAGUGUGUGAGGAACUUUCCUGUUUCUGUUUUUGUUUGGCCCUCUCUCUUUAGCGCCAUUAUAAGAUGGUAUGUCACCCUGCUAUACCGAAGCAGCCCUGUCGGUUUGCUUUUGUCUUUUCUACAUACUGUGUGGACUUAGGUUUGCCCGUGUGUGUCUUUGUGCGGCGCCUUUACCUGAUGAAGGAAACGUAUUAGUCUGAUGUUCUGUGGUUGAACCGAGCAGUCGACGCCUGAUCCAGCUCGUCAUUUUGCAGUUUGAGGUAAUCAAAAAAACAAAAAAAACAGUCAUUGACAGGAAUAAGCCAUCGGUGGUGAAGGUAGUGACCCCCCCCAGAGACUGCAAAACAUGGCAAACUGAGUCCUGCUAUAAUUAGGAAGACGUGUCUUCAUUGUCUAGCAGCAGGACAGCAGCACAGUAUGGAGAAAUGAAAGACCAAAGGCAUUUUUUUACACUGGAGAGCUUUCUAGGCGAGUGGAGUUAUUCCGUUUUUUGACUGCUUUGUAGUCCUCAAUCUGAUUUCUUAUGAAGUAUGACAUUAUUUUUGCUUAAUGUCUCUUUUGGUGUCACUCCAAAGAGCCACUCUGAAACUGAGAAGAUAUUCACUUUAAGCAAUUUGUCUCUUUCGUCUAUUUUUAGGGAGCCAAUGUGACUCAACCUGCUUUUGUAAAUUCUGAAUUUACAUACUGAUGAUUGGAGCGCGGAGAGAAAAAAACCCAACAACAAAUCUUUUGUAAUCGUGUGUAUUCUGGGCCUGCAAUAAUGUCUUUACUGUAUGACAUGUCUAGCGAUAAUGUUCCUGUGACAUUUUGACGCCAAAAUUCUCGUUCAUGUCACAUUUGCACAAAAACAAACCUGUGAGACUUUUACUUUUCCUGUCGAGGCUAAGUCACAUUUCACAGUGAUGUGACAAUCAAAAACUAAAUCGAGAAAACAACAAUCUUUUCCCGGUGAUGUUUUAGCCCAGAUGUGUACAAUCAUGUUGGACUGGUCGAAUCAUAUAGUCAGUGUUUGUAAUUAAUAAUAAUGAUAAUAUGCACGCACAUCAUAUUGACUGAUUCUAAGCAGAUUUUGCUUUUACGGACAUUUUUGACGCCAAGCUUGGCACCAAAUUUCUAAGUAUUUAUAAGGUGUGUGUGUGUGCGUGUGUUUUUUAAUGGGUAUUAUGUUUUUGAAUUUCAUAGAAGAUGCCCAUCAUAUAAUUCAUUGUAAGUAUUAUUGUAAGUUUAAUUGUAUAUUCAUUUUUGGUAGGUUUUUUUUCUAGAGCUUCAUUUUGUGUUUGUAUCUGACUGAUUGGAACAUACUGUAUGUAAUAUAUGAAUACUGUUUUAUCUUCACUGUGAAAUUCAGAGAAAACCAUGCUCUUUGAACGAAUGGAUCUUUUUGUGUUUUGUCAGCAGUACGGUACAGACGUUCCUGGAAAUGAACAUGAUGAUCCCUCCUUUCGUAGAUGAAAACUACUCCUUCCUUGUUUCAGUAUACCGUGUGCAUAUCUGUGUGUUUCUGUGCAUGUUCACGGCAUGUGUGUGUUCUUUUCUUUUCCCUAAAUGCAUACAGUACUGUUGAUAUUUAUGUACUCUAGCCGCUGUAAGGAGAAACUGUAUUUCAGUGAAUUGCAGAGGUGUGUUUGUUUGAAACCAAAAAAAAAGGUGAUCAAAAUGAGAAGUUUUUAUAAAAAUGUUAAAUGAAGACAUUUCAGGCCGUCCGCCAUUAAAAAUUGACGUCAUCCUUGUUGUCAUGAUUG